CAGUUUCCACCUGGAUGCCUGAGGCUGUGUAGAUGUGGCUGGCACCCCGGAGAGUGGAGCAGGGGGUGAAGACCCAGCACUGAGAGGAGAGAGCCUUGGAUAGGCUUGGGCCAGCUUCCCAGGUUCCAGGAGCAGAUCACAGCCCCAGCAGGAAAAUGAGUGAAGAGACGGUCCUGGAGGCCACCUCCCCGCCGCCCCCACAGGGGUCGCAUUACUUUGACCGCUUCUCCGAGGAAGACCCUGAGUACAUGCGCCUUCGCAACCGUGCGGCCGACCUGCGCCAGGACUUCAACCUGAUGGAGCAGAAGAAGCGCGUCACCAUGAUCCUGCAGAGUCCGUCUUUCAGGGAGGAGCUGGAAGGCCUCAUCCAGGAGCAGAUGAAGAAGGGGAACAACUCCUCCAACAUCUGGGCCCUGCGGCAGAUCGCGGACUUCAUGGCCAGCACCUCUCAUGCAGUCUUCCCAACAUCUUCCAUGAACUUUUCCAUGAUGACGCCCAUCAAUGACCUCCACACUACUGACUCCCUGAACCUGGCCAAGGGGGAGCGGCGCAUGCGCUGCAAGAUCAGUAGUGUCUACCGACUCCUAGACCUCUAUGGCUGGGCCCAGCUGAGCGACACCUAUGUUACGCUGAGAGUCAGCAAGGAGCAGGACCACUUCCUGAUUAGCCCCAAGGGAGUUUCCUGCAGUGAAGUCACAGCGUCCAGCCUGAUCAAGGUGAACAUCCUGGGAGAGGUGGUCGAGAAGGGCAGCAGCUGCUUCCCGGUGGACACCUCGGGCUUCUGUCUGCACUCGGCCAUUUAUGCAGCCAGGCCUGAUGUUCGGUGCGUCAUCCACCUGCAUACGCCAGCCACAGCAGCGGUCUCAGCCAUGAAGUGUGGCCUCCUGCCUGUCUCCCACAAUGCCCUGCUGGUGGGGGACAUGGCCUAUUAUGACUUCAAUGGGGAAAUGGAGCAGGAAGCCGAUCGCAUCAACCUGCAGAAGUGCCUUGGCCCCACCUGCAAGAUCCUGGUGCUAAGAAACCACGGCAUGGUCGCUCUAGGUGACACCGUAGAGGAGGCAUUUUAUAAGAUCUUCCACCUGCAGGCUGCCUGUGAGAUACAGGUGUCAGCUCUGUCCAGCGCUGGGGGAGUGGAGAACCUCAUCCUCCUGGAGCAGGAGAAGCACCGGCCCCACRAGGUCGGCUCUGUGCAGUGGGCUGGGAGUACUUUUGGGCCCAUGCAGAAGAGCCGGCUGGGGGAGCACGAGUUUGAAGCCCUCAUGAGGAUGCUGGACAACCUGGGCUACAGAACAGGCUACCCGUACCGCCACCCCUUUGUUCAAGAGAAAACCAAACACAAAAGUGAGGUGGAGAUCCCAGCCACGGUCACUGCCUUUGUGUUUGAGGAGGAUGGUGCCCCUGUCCCCGCCCUGCGACAGCAUGCCCAGAAACAGCAGAAGGAGAAGACGCGCUGGCUCAACACGCCCAAUACCUACCUGCGGGUCAAUGUGGCUGACGAGGUCCAGAGGAGCAUGGGCAGCCCCCGGCCCAAGACCACAUGGAUGAAGGCUGAUGAGGUGGAGAAAUCCAGCAGUGGCAUGCCAAUCCGGAUUGAAAACCCCAACCAAUUUGUGCCUCUCUACACCGACCCCCAAGAAGUGCUGGACAUGAGGAACAAGAUUCGAGAACAGAAUCGGCAAGAUGUGAAGUCGGCGGGGCCUCAGUCCCAGCUCCUGGCCAGCGUCAUUGCUGAGAAGAGCCGAAGCCCGUCGACAGAGAGCCAGCUGAUGUCCAAGGGUGAUGCGGAUACCAAAGAUGAUUCAGAGGAGACGGUGCCCAACCCCUUCAGCCAACUCACCGACCAGGAGCUGGAGGAGUACAAGAAAGAGGUGGAGAGGAAGAAACUAGAACUGGAUGGAGAGAAGGAGGCUGCCACAGAAGAGCCAGGCUCACCUGAAAAGUCGGCACCUGCUUCUCCAGCACAGAGCCCAGUGAAGGCAGAGACAAAGAGCCCAGUGGUCUCUCCUUCCAAGUCUGCAGAGGAAGAUGUUAAGGAGACAGAAACAAGCCAAGCCACCACUGAGCCCGAAACAGCCCAGCCAGAAGGGGUGGUGGUCAACGGGAGGGAGGAAGAGCAGACUGCAGAGGAAAUCCUCAGCAGAGGCUUGAGCCAGAUGACCACCAACGCCGACACGGACGUCGAUACCUCCAAGGACAAAACCGAGUCAGUCACCAGCGGCCCCAUGUCCCCAGAGGGCUCACCCUCCAAGUCUCCCUCCAAGAAGAAAAAGAAAUUCCGCACCCCCUCCUUCCUGAAAAAGAGCAAAAAGAAGGAGAAAGUGGAGUCCUGAUCGGUGGCACCCACGGACUCCCAUUUGCAUCUUCUCCCUCCUCCCCUCCCCUUCUCCCAAUUCUGUCCCUGGAAGCACAGGGCCAAGGAGGGAUAGAAUAGGACCCGGGAUCACACUCAGAGGGGGAACUUGAGAUCACCCGACCAACCCCUCAUUUUACAGUUACACCAGAGAAAUCAGGUGACUGCCCAAGGUCACACAGAUAGUUAGCGGCAGAGUCCACACUAGAAUUCAGGUCUUCGGACCCCCCGUCUAGUGCUCUUCCACUUUACAACACUGCCUAGUUGUGGGCCACCUUUGUCAGGACGUUGCCCACCAAUCUGAGCCCAGGGCAGGAAGGCAAGAAAUGGGCUAUGAGCUCUCACAGGCUCAGACUAAAUCAAACAGGUCGAGACUUCCCCUGAGUAAGGUCCAUUUCUUCCCAGAAGGCCCAUCUCCUGCAAUGGAGAUACGGCUGCGUUGAGAAAUCUUGCUUCUCUUGUCCAUUUUGGGUCCCUACCCUGUUGCUCAAAGUAACGAGACAAGUUGACCUGUCCCCGCCAAUAGAAGUUAACCUUUCUUCCCAAGGCUGAUGGCUUAGCUUGCACUUCCCCGAACACUACCCCUGAGCUGUCUUCAUGGAACCACUUGAACGAUGAAUAGGAGAGCUGUAAGUGUUGGCCGAUGCGAGGGCAAGCCAAGUCAGCCUGACGAUCAGGGAUGGUCUGAUCAGUAUCAGAAGCCAGGAACUUGACCUGUUUGUAUUGUGCAUCUCAAGUGCUUCAAAACUAAAACCAAACUUAGCAUAAGAAAAUGUCGUCUCAUGCUCAGGGCAGAAAAGUGGGGAAAUUUAAAUCCUCUGUUGGCUUUGCGUUGUAUAAGGAGGAUCAAGGUGGCACAGGAGAUGCUGCCUUUCUAGCUUUGCAUGACACACCCAGCAAUGCACUGUACCUGCCUCAUUCCUGUCCAGCAGCCAGGUGUCCCCUGACCUUCCCUCAAACCCAGAGCACUUGCUCACAGACCAGAGAACUGGCAUCUUAGUCUUGGCUUCCUUGGGGUUCCAGAUCCAAGUUACUCUGGGUCCAGCAGAGGAGAAACAGAAAUGUGUCUUUCAGGAUUAAUCCUCUUGGACCAGCGCUCAGAGAAAUGCUUGGGUGUCCCCAGCCCUGUCGCUCUGUCUAUCCUGGGGCCUGGUCAUAGCUACAGCUUUUGUUUUAAAUGCCAACACUAUUUUUUCAUGAUCUUCUACAGGGCAUUGAUUCAUGAGCAUUGUUGACUCCUAGACAAUCCAUUCUCUU